AUGGGCUGGGAAUAUGCCCAAGUGCAUUUAAAGUACACGAUACCGUUCGGCCUUGUGCUGUUCGCCGUGUACAGACCCUUAUUGUCAAAAUUAGAUGUUUUCAAGUUGGUGUUUAUGAUAACAACUGCUGUGGUGGCUACAAUCCCAUGGGACUCUUAUCUGAUCAGAAAUCGGAUAUGGACUUAUCCGCCAGGCGUUGUCUGCGGACUGACCGCGUGGGAUAUUCCCGCUGAAGAACUCUUCUUCUUUGUGAUCCAAACCCUCAACACAUCUCUUCUCUAUAUGCUCCUCAGCAAAGCAACUUUCCACCCUGUCUAUCUCAACAAGGCGAGCACUUGGGGUAAAGUUGCCGGUCAGCUUCUCUUCACCUCCGCCAUCAUUUUCGGUUGGGUACAUGUUUCGCGCGGUGGUGAGGGCAUGUACAUGGGCCUUAUCCUGAUUUGGGCGUGUCCAUUCCUCCUGUUUCUAUGGACCAUUUCAUACCAGUUUAUUGUGAAUUUGCCUUGGACGAAUACUCUGUUGCCAAUCGCUCUGCCAACCGUUUAUUUGUGGGUGGUUGACACUUUUGCGUUGCGACGGGGAACAUGGAGUAUCACGUCAGGCACCAAAUACGGUGUUGUUCUUUGGGAUGGCCUCGAUAUUGAGGAAGCUGUUUUCUUCCUUCUUACUAAUACGUUGAUUGUCUUUGGUCUUAUUGCAAACGACAACACUUUGGCCAUUCUGGACACAUUUCCCGAGCAUUUCCCCAAGAACAAGGGUCUCCCAACUCUUGGAUUGGUUGUCCGGGCUCUCCUUCUACCCCAAGAGAAAUAUGACCAAGAACGUAUUUCGGGGCUUGUCAGCGCGGUUGACCUUCUCAGAAAGAAGAGCCGCAGCUUUUACCUCGCAAGUGGUGCUUUCGAGGGAAGACUUCGAAUCGACCUGAUCCGACUUUACGCUUUCUGCAGAGCCGCUGAUGAUCUUGUCGAUGAGGCUCCUUCUGUUGAUGAGUCGAGAGCGUCGAUUGCAAAAUUGAGGCAGUUUCUCAACAUCGCCUACGAGGAGAACGAGGAGGAGGAUAUCUCACCUCGACUCCGCGAAUUCGUCACAUCCAACUUCCCCAAGAUGUUCCAUAUGGCUCUUCUACAACUGCCUACCUUUUAUCUCCCCAAGCAGCCUCUUGAUGACUUGCUGAAGGGUUUUGACACUGAUCUCCUUUUCGAUCGCAAGGCCGGCGAGUUUCCUAUCGAGACUACCGAGGACCUGGAUGUCUACGGUAGCCGUGUAGCUGGAACAGUUGCUGAGCUCUGCAACCACCUUAUUCUUUACCACACUCCCGAGACAAUAUCCCCGGAGGUCCAACGCGAAGUUGUGACUUCUGGACAAGAAAUGGGCAUCGCACUCCAAUACGUCAACAUCGCCCGCGAUAUCAAAGUCGAUGCCGAAAUUGACCGCGUCUACCUCCCUCUCACCUGGCUAAAAGAAGCCUCUCUCACACCUGAAGAUGUGAUUAAGGCACCAUAUGGUCCUAACAUCGAGGCUUUGCGACAAAAACUGCUUGACCGUGCUUUUGAAAAGUACAACACCGCAAAGGUAGCUAUUGAAAAACUCCCUUCAGAAGGGAAGGGUCCUAUUCGAGUCGCUGUUGAGAGUUACAUGGAGAUUGGACGUGUUCUUAGAGAAACAGGGCCUGUUCUCAAGAAGGGACGGGCUACCGUUCCCAAGAGUCGACGAAUCCGGGUUGCUUGGUCUGCAUUGAAUCAAUAG